AUGGCGGGAUAGCCUUUUUCAGGUUUCUCUCUGUUUCUGCAAAACUAAUUGCAUUUAGAUUAUAGGCAGUCAUAGAAGAAAGAUGUCAGAAACAACCGGAGUCAUGCAGGGAAUAGGAUGCAAUCCUUACAAGAUAGUUGAUCACACUAGGGAGCGAAGAAAGGGCAUCACCGCCUCGUCGUUGAAAGAGUUGACUAACAUCGCACGCAGUCGAUUGGCAAUCCCCGUGGAUGCGGAUCUGACGAUCGUGCUUGAACAGGAUGGGACAGAGGUAGACGAUGAGGAGUAUUUUGCCACGUUAGAAAAGAAUACAAGCUUGAUGAUAUUGCACGGUGAUCAAAAAUGGAUCGCUGCGGGCAGUAAUACACCGUCUCGUUUCCACAUCGUGGACGAUGUAGACAAUGCGGAAGGUGGUUCAAGAAUCGACAAGAUUCGACGACGGCGAACACCCAUUGAGCCGCUGGUCUCGUCGCUGCACGGCGACCCGUCGCAUAUCUCGCUCCUAGGAGGAAACGACUUGGAAUUACUCAGUGACAUGGAUCCUGACAGUUUAGCCGACAUAGUGCCUGACAGACACUUCCUUGAGCAGCUGAAGGAAGCUUCAGGUAGAUUCUUGGCUGAAAAGCGACAAGCGCAGGAGUCCAUGGCUCUUCUCCAGAUGUACGCGAGCGGUGGUGAGAUGGAGCGAGCGUAGGCCAUGUGGGGGGUGGGCGCCCUCACAUUAGCAAAUAUGUAUAGAGUGCGACGUCGCAUAUUCUAUAAAGGUCGCCAACUACAACAAACUCUGAUCCUAUUCUGGAAUUGAGCCCAUCGUUAUUUACACAAACUGAUAAAGUAACUGAGAAUACACGAGCGUUAGUCGCUCAAGCUGAACGCAGCUGUAUCAGUGAGGAAGAUCUUAUGUUAUCUCUCGCGUAUGCGAAGAACACGAAGAAACGCAGAAACAAAGACAUUGUACAGAGAUACGAAACACAAGUAGUUUACGUUCGCCCAAUUUAGUACCGUAACAUCAA